AUGGUGCGCACGGUGUUGAUGGUGGCGGAGAAGCCGUCGCUUGCGGAGAGCAUUGGCCAUCAUCUCUCCAACGGCCACGCCGUCCGCCGGCCGCGGGCGCUGCCGGUCUUUGAGUACGACGGCCACUUCCACGGCGCCCCCGCCCGCUUCCGCGUGACGAGCACCACCGGCCACGUCUUCGCCUGCGACUUCACGCCGCAGCACCAAAGUUGGGACCGCACGGAGGAGGAGGAACUCUUCCGGGCGCCGGUGGUCUGGCGGGACGAGACGGGGAAGGUCAGCCGCCAUCUCGCCCACGAGGCGGAGGGCUGCGACACUUUGGUCCUCUGGCUCGACUGCGACCGCGAGGGAGAGAACAUUUGCUUUGAGGUGAUGCAGGUGGUGCGGCGGAGUAUUUGGGAUACACGGGAUAUCUGGCGUGCCAAGUUUUCCGCCAUCACACGGGAGGAAAUCACACAUGCCUUUAUGCAUCUGGGGAAACCCAAUAAGAAUAUCUCAGAUGCUGUCACAUGUAGACAGGAAUUGGAUCUUAAGGUCGGAGUCGCCUUUACACGUUUUCAAACAAAAUACUUUCAAGGGAAAUAUGGAGAUCUGGAUGCUAGUGUGGUGAGUUAUGGUCCAUGCCAAACACCAACAUUAGCUUUUUGCGUUCAAAGACAUGAUGAAAUAUUAAAUUUUAAACCAGAAAAUUAUUGGAAAUUAGUACCUGUCUCUAAUCGAUUUGGUACAAUUCUUACUUUUGAUUGGGCUCGUGGACGUGUAUUUGAUGAAUUGAUAGCCCGUUUAUUACAUCAAAAAGUAUCACGAAAUAAGGUUGGUAAAGUCGUAGAUGUCUCUGUUGGAACAGAUACACGUGUUCGACCUACAGCACUUAAUACAGUAGAACUUAUGAAAAUUGCAAGUAAAGCUCUUGGUAUGGGACCACAUCAAGCUAUGCAAAUUGCAGAAAAUUUAUACAUUUCUGGAUAUAUUUCUUAUCCACGUACAGAAUCUACAGCAUAUCCAUCAUCGUUUAAUUUUUUAAGUGCCCUUUCUGCACAAGAGAAAAGUCCAAUAUGGGGAACCUAUGUUCAAGAACUUAUAAAAAGUGGACAUACACGACCAAAAGCAGGAAAAGAUGCAGGUGAUCAUCCACCCAUUACACCUAUGCGUGCAGCAGGACCAGGAGAAUUAUCAGGUGAUUCUUGGAGAUUAUAUGAAUAUAUUACUCGUCAUUUCAUUGCUACACUUUCUCCAGAUUGUAAACUUACCCGAACUAAACUUGUAAUAGAACUUGGUGGAGAAUUAUUUAGUUUUGUAGGUAAAGUAGUAGAAAAUCCUGGAUUUACUGAAAUUCUUCCUCAAUGGGCAGUUAAAGAUGAUAAGGUACCAACAAAUGUUCAAAUUGGAAGUGAUUUUACUUUUUCAGAUGUUCGACUACAAGCAGGACAAACACAACCACCAGGAUACUUAACAGAAGCUGACCUUAUUGGAUUAAUGGAAAAACAUGGUAUUGGUACAGAUGCUUCCAUUUCACAACAUGUUAAUAAUGUAGUAGAAAGAGGUUAUUGUGCAGUUAAACCAGGUCGAGUUAUGGAACCUACUAAACUUGGUGUGGUAUUAAUUCAUGGUAUUAAAAGUAUUGAUCCUGAAUUAGUUUUACCACUUGUUCGAAGUAAAGUAGAAGAAUAUGUAACUUGUAUUGCUGAAGGGGCAGCUACAUUAGAUGAGGUUCUUUCUUAUUCGUUAGAUCUUUUCUUUGGAAAAUUUCGGUUUUUUAAAGAAAAUAUUGAACGAUUUGAUGCUCUUAUGGGGGCAUCUUUUUCAUCACUUUCAGCAUCUGGUAAACCUAUUACACGUUGUGGAAAUUGUAUGCGUUAUUUAAAACAUUUAGAAGCUCGUCCACAACGUUUAUAUUGUGCUUAUUGUGAAAUUACUUAUGCUUUACCACAAGGUGGAACUAUUAAGCAAUACUCUAGCUUUAAGUGUCCAUUAGAUAAUUUUGAACUUGUAAUUUGUCACGUGGAUGGUGGAAAAUCAUUUCCUAUUUGUCCAAAUUGUUAUAAUAAUCCACCUUUUGAAGAUACUAUGCAACGUAAUGGAAGACAAUAUAUGGCUUGUGAUGAAUGUCGUCAUCCUACCUGUUAUCAUUCUUUAGCUACAAAUUAUGUAGCUGACUGUGUGGAUGAACGUUGUGAUGGUUCCAUGGCCUUUGUUCCUCGAACCUCUGGGAAAUGGAAAAUCUGCUGUAAUCACUGUACAAUGAUGAUUCUCCUUCCUCCUACGGCCCAACGUGUACGUGUGAGCUCUGAGGAGUGUGAGGACUGUGGUGCUAUGAUGAUGGAUCUACAGUUCCCGGAAGGUAAAUCACCGCUGGUAAACCGCAAGGAUCGUAUUGUAGCCUGUGUCUUCUGUGAUCCGGUAUUAAAUACACAUGUGGAAGAAGUGCGGGGUCGUUUAGGGAACUUUAGUAGAAGAGGAGGCGCUGGAGGAAGAGGAGGGAGAGGAGGAAGAGGAAGAGGACGUGGAAGAGGAGGAAGAGGAAGAGGGAGACACUAA